AUGUCUAAAGUUAGUGAGGUUAGGCAGGGAAAGGAUGAGUCUCCUGCAGGGUACUUAGAAUGUCUCGUGGAAGCCUACCGAACUUACACCCCUAUUGACCCAGAGGAUCCCAACAAUCGGCGGGCAAUCGUUAUAGAUUUCGUGUCCAAUUUGGCUCCUGAUAUUCGGAAGAAAAUUCAGAAAUUGGAUGGGUUUGAGGGAAAGACGCUGACAGAACUCUUAGAGGUGGCCAAGAGAGUUUUUGACAAUAGGGAAGACAGCUCUGAUAAACAGACCAAGACUGUCGCCAGGACGGUGGUUGCUGUGUUGGCAGAAAUUCAGGCCCAGGUCCCCAGUCCCAAGGGACCCGGAGGAAAUGGGAGUUCCAAAUUCACCCAGAAGAGGGGGAGGGCACAACUAAACAACCCCUGCAUCGUGACCAAUGUGCAUACUGCAAACAAUCAGGUCAUUGGAAAAACACCUGCCCGAACCGACAGCCCUAUCCUCCCCGAAGGUGGAGCUAUAUUCCUCUUGUGCCUUCCCAGCACCCUCGGCUCUUGUCCACCCUUAGCCUACGUGGCAAUUCCAGCUGGGCGGGUUCAGACACGGAACCGCUCACUCCCCAUCCAGGAGGUCUAUUCUGGAGCCCCUCACAUCUCCUUUGAGGGGCCUCUUCCCUCAGUAACCCUGAACCUCCCACAGCUGACAGUGACUUGUCCUAUAGCCAAAGAAUCUUGUUUGUUUAUACUUGCUGAGUCCAGUGGCCAGGCGGUACAGCAGUCCCCACUCCUUGCUGAGUUUCAACAGGCGGUUCCUGAGGUUUGGGCUGAGUUCAAUCCCUUUGGUUUUGCAUCUCAUCAAAUCCCAGUAGUGGUGCAACUACUGGCCACUGCAACCCCAGUACAUGUGGCCCAGUAUCCUCUGGGGCAACCGACUUUGAGGGGCAUAAAACCCCACAUUGAUCGUCUGCUCGGGGCUGGAGUUCUCCGACCCUGUCAGAGUCCCUGGAACACCCCCUUAAUGCCGGUACGUAAGCCUGGAUCGGGGGACCUGCGGCCUAUGCAGGACCUUCAGGAAGUCAACGCCAGGGUUGAGACUGUGCACCCCACGGUCCCGAACCCUUAUACGCUACUCCAUGUAUGGUAUACAGUUUUAGAUCUGAAAGAUGCUUUCUUCUCUAUUCCCCUGGCACCUGUGAGUCAGCCUCUUUUCGCUUUCACCUGGACAGACCCCGAUACAGGGAUCACGUCACAACUUACAUGGACCAGGUUGCCACAGGGUUUCAAGAACUCCCCCACUCUCUUUGGGGCAGCUCUGGCAUCUGACCUGGCCCCAUUCCAUACGGAGUUUCCUUCAGCGAUCCUUCUCUAAUAUGUUGAUGAUCUUCUCCUGGCUGCUCCGCCUUGGGACUUGUGCCGUGCUGCUACCCUCCACCUGCUCCAGCUCCUAGGUCAGACAGGGUACCGUGUCUCUGGUAAGAAGGCUCAGCUGUGUUUACAAACCAUUGUCUGUUUGGGUUUCACUGUUUCGAAGGGGGAACGGUUAUUAUCACAGGGCAGGGUGGCUGCCAUCCUUGGCAUGCGUCCCCCUAAGACUCGGCGGGAGCUCCGGGAGUUCCUGGGCCUGGAAGGGUACUGCCGCCUCUGGAUACUUGGGUUUGCAGACCUAGCCAAGCCACUCUAUGCCGCCUUAGCCCACCCAGAGGCCGAUAUUGUCUGAGAAGCCCAGCAGCAUCCUUUCGAUGCCCUGCGCCGAGCUCUUUCCAGUUCUCCUGCGUUAGCGCUCCCAGACCUAUCCAAGCCUUUCCGACUCUUCGUGGCAGAAUCUGCUGGCAUCGCCAAGGGGGUUCUGACUCAAUCCCUGGGGCCCUGGCCUCGGCCUGUGGCUUAUCUAUCUAAGCAGCUCGACCCUGUGGCAUCCGGGUGGCCCCCUUGCCUCCGCUCUAUUGCAGCCGUAGCCAUCCUCGUUAAGGAGGCUUUCAAGCUGACUGUUGGCCAGCCCCUACUAGUCUCUGCCUCACAUAACCUGGAGCAGCUGCUCCGUUCCCCUCCGGCUAGAUGGAUGCACAUGGAUGCACGCAUUGUGCACUAUCAGUCACUUCCCCUCGAUGCCUCCAGGAUUGCUUUCACCUCUCCUGUCUCCUUGAACCCGGCUCUUCUCCUCCCUGACCAUCCUCCUUCAGGGCCUCUCCGUGACUGCCUCGAUGUGCUUGACGGGAUCCACACCUCACGGCCGGGAGACACCCCGAUUGCCAGCCCUGACCUGAUCGUAUUCAUUGACAGGAGCAGUCUAGUUGUGGAUGGGGUCCGGAAGGCAGGUGCGGCCGUGGUCUCGCAGGACAAGGUGCUCUGGGAGUCCACCCUGCCUCCUGGCACGUCAGCACAGAGGGCGGAACUCGUGGUGCUCAAGGAAGCGCUCCGCCUGUCUGAAGGGCGCCGUGCGAACAUAUACACCGAUAGCAGGUACGCUUCUGCAACCGUUCCUGUAUACGGCUACGUGUAUCAACAAAGGGGUUUGUUGACUUCGGCAGGAAGAGAAGUGAGGAAUAAGGAUCAGAUCCAAGCCCUACUGGACGCGGUGUGGCUCCCAAAAGAGGUUGCAGUAAUACAUGUUCAGCCCACACCAGACAGCAAGACUCUGUUUCAAAAGGGAAUGAAGCUGCAGACGCAGCAGCCCGGGCGGCUGGGACCAGAGAUGUCAUCGCUACAGUCUCCACACCCACAGUCCAGAACUCCACAGGAAUUCUACCCCCACGACCAGUGUACCAGGAGGGCGAUGCAGAUGGGAUGA